AAAUUGAGCUCUUCCAAAACCCUAGCUCCAUCUCUCUCUACCUACCUCGACUUUUUUCUCUGUUUUUUCGUUUACAGUAGACGAAGGGAGGAGAGGAGGCCAUAGCCAUUUGCGGGUAGCUGGAUCAGGUUGAAACUAAACACAAUCACAAAAUGCAGUCCAAGGAAGCCCCUGCCUCCAUGGAUGUUGAAGCAGUUCCUUUUGAACCACAACCUGAAUCUGGAUCUUUGCCACCAAAGCCACUUUUUGAACCUUUGAAGGCUCAUGAAAUGUCUGAUGGUCGGGUUCAGUUUCGAAAGGUCAAUGUUCCACCACAUCGGUAUUCACCUCUCAAGAAAGCAUGGAUGGAAAUCUACACCCCAAUAUAUGAGCAGAUGAAGAUUGACAUUCGAAUGAAUCUCAAGGCUCGUAGGGUUGAAUUAAAGACCAGAUCCAACACACCUGAUGUAAGUAACCUACAGAAGUCUGCAGAUUUUGUCCAUGCAUUCAUGCUAGGUUUUGAUGUAAUAGAUGCCAUUGCACUUUUGCGAUUGGAUGAGCUCUAUGUGGAAUCUUUUGAGAUCAAGGACGUUAAAACACUUCGAGGAGAGCACUUGUCUCGUGCCAUAGGAAGACUGUCCGGUAAAGGUGGUAAAACAAAGUUUGCGAUUGAAAAUGCAACAAAGACAAGGAUCGUGGUUGCUGACACCAAGAUUCACAUAUUGGGGUCAUAUAGGAACAUUAGAGUGGCAAGGGAUUCUCUUUGCAGCCUUAUUCUAGGGUCCCCUGCCGGAAAAGUAUAUUCAAAACUAAGAGCAGUAUCUGCUAGACUGGCAGAAGGUUUAUGAGGGUGUCUGUUCUUCCGUAUUUGUGAUACCACGGAAGUCUGUCCGGGGAUCAGUCAUGAAGUUUUGAUAGUUCAUUUCAAGUGCAAGUAUGCUGAUUUUUAAUAGUUCAUUCGAGUGCGGGGUAUGCUGACUGCUGAGUAUAAUUAUAAUCGGGUAUUUGCUAUGUUUUGUGAUGGUGGAUGUCACUACGCAACAGUGUAUCCCUUAUGCCAUGCAAGGAGUCUCUCCAUUCAAUGAAAGUAGAGUUAUUCAGUUCC